CACAAAAUACAACAACGGGUAAUUAAACAUCUAUUUAGCUCAUACCAAAAGUAGUAGCGUCGGCACUACAAUAAUUUGUAGAGACCUCGAGAAAAUUUUCUUUCUAUCUAUACUGGUAAUUCAAGCACUGCUCCAUAAAUAUAUCCUAUUUUAUCAUAAUUCAGUUGAUAUUGUAAUAUUAAGAAUACAACAAAAUCAGUGACAUCUCAACUAUUAGAAUAUCCCCAGAAAAGUUUUCGGAAAAAACCGUGGUGUUGAGGAUGUAGAUAAGGAUGCACAUAUCAUAUUCUUUCUUUCGUCAUACACACCCCGCCCCCAUCAUACAGAUUUGAACAGGCUCUUUUCGAAGUUCUGUAUUUGUAAAAACUAUAUUUUGGACUCAAAUUUUGAUAAAGAAAUAUCAUAUAACUCUACGCACAGGAUUUGAAAAAACCUCAUUGCAAAAGUCGCACUACGUGUAAGUUUAUUCGUUUGAAUUAUUGUAAUAUAAAUAUGAUUAAAAGAAGAAAGACAGAAGAAUCUAAUUGAGUCCAUUAAACGUUGGCAUAAUGCCAUCAAAACCAGAUACAUUGUUAAUAGAUCGAGAAAUAUUGAAUUCUGAGUUAUAUCUUAUCCAAUACUUCUUAUCUCAUUUUAAUUCUAUAAUUUCAAAGCAGAAUCGAUCGCGUCAACAUCAUCAACAUCGACAACAGCAUCAACAACUGCAUCAACAACAUCACCAACAACAACGUCGACAACAGCAUCAACAACUGCAUCAACAACGUCAACAUCGACAACAGCAUCAACAACAUCACCAACAACAACGUCAACAACAUCAACAACAGCAUCAACAACGUCAACAACAACAACAUCGACAACUGCAUCAACAACCACUACUCCAUGCAUCAAUAGAUUUCCGACACAAGUAACAUAUUCAACUGGUGUUGGCUCUGGACCGUAUCCUUUGACAACAGCGGAUGUCAAUGGAGACGGCAAGCCGGACAUUAUUGUCAUAAAUUACGGAACAGGCGGAGUCAGUGUCCUUCUCAACGCAGGCAAUGGCACGUUUCUUGCACAAGUGAUCUAUCCAACUGGUACUACUCAUGAUACGUGGGGGCUAGCAAUAGCCGAUGUCAAUGGGGACAGCAAACUCGACAUUAUCGUUGGAAACGCCGCUUCAUACAAUAUCGGUGUUCUCCUUAACGCAGGCAAUGGUACGUUUCGUACUGAAGUCACUUAUUCAAUCAGCACUGGUUCUCAGCUGCAUUCUUUGAUAGCAGUUGAUGUCAAUGGAGAUAACAAAUCCGAUAUUAUUGCCACAUACAGCGCUUUAAACGAAAUCGCUGUUUUUCUCAAUACAGGUUCUGGUACGUUUGGUGCUCAAGUAACAUAUCCAGUUGGUACUGGUCCGUGGCCUGUAAAAACAGGUGAUCUCAAUGGAGACGGCAAACUCGAUAUUAUUGUCACAAACGCCGGUUCAAACAACGUCGGUGUCCUCUUCAACAAAGGCAAUGGCACGUUUGGUGCACAAGUCACUUAUUCAACCGGCAAUGGUUCUGGACCGAACGCUGUCGUUGUCGUUGAUGCCAAUGGAGACAGCAAACUCGAUAUUAUUGUCGGAAACUACAAUACAUUCAACGUCGGUGUUCUCCUAAACACAGGUAACGGCACGUUCGUUGCUCAAGUCACCUAUUCAACUGGCCCUGACUCUUAUCCGUAUUAUGUAACCACAGGUGAUAUUAAUGGUGACAGCUAUGCUGACAUUGUUGUUGCGAACUAUUGGGCAAAUAAUUUCGGUGUUCUCCUCAACAUGGGUAAUGGUACGUUUGCUGCUCAAGUGACUUAUUCAACUGGCGCUGGUUCGGAACCCUAUUCUGUGAGCGUAGCCGACGUCAAUGCGGAUGGCAACCUCGACAUCAUUGCCGGAAACUAUAAUGCAGGCAAUAUAGGUGUUUUCUUAUCAAAUUGUGGCUGA